UAUUAAAAAUAAUAAUAUACUGAAACAUAAAUAGUAAUUUUAAAAACAAAUGCAAAAGCACAUCUUGAUAAAGAUGGUACAAGUGUUCUUUGGCAUUCUGACAUUAUUAAAUAAAACAGGAUUAAUAAUUAAAUCGGUAUAAUUAGGUAAGUUACUCUUAAUUAGAAAUACUUAAAACGAUACAGGAAAAACCUUGAAAAAUUUUUCACAUCUCUAUUCAGCAUUAUUUACAAUCUCGGAAUGUUUCGUGUAUCAUUUUUGUUCAUUAUACUUUUCAUUGCAUGAACGAUUAAAGUUGACGCUCAAUAUGUCCUUCAUGGGUGCAACAGUAAUGUAGGAGUUGCGGCUUACGCAAUUACAGAAAAAGAAACGAAGGGACCUUUCAUGGUUCACUGGCACAUGUAUUAGUAUUCUUAUUUCAUUCCCAACAGAAAUCGCUCCAUUCUGUAUACAAUCGUGGCCGUCUGGUGGAACAAACUGAUUAUGCAUCGCUAACACUAAACGCACACUGUCGUCUCGUCGUUUCAUCUUCGUUUACGAAAGACAUAUCGUGUACACUCGCGAUAAUACGAAUAUGUAAAUUAUGACAAGUUGCUGCAUAAAUGCGAGAAUAUAUAACACGCAGAGGUCUGCCGUGUUAGAGGUAGGCGCGUAUCUAGGACUGUAAGCGCUACAAGAAAUUAAUUAAAAUUUUCCUCUUAUUUUGUCCUCAUUGAAAUCCGUAUUAUUAAGAUUAUACUAAAAUCAUAAAAUUUAUUUUAAAUUAUAGCGUAAAUUUCUAAAAUUUAUUAUUAUGUAUCGAAAGAAAAUUAAUGUUCUUUUGCAUAAUUAUUCAACUAUAAUAUUUCGUGAUUAUAAUGAGCAAGUGAUUUUUAUAAUCUUCAAAUAAGCAAUAAAAAUUCUUUGAUUCAUAUCAGAUGAAAUCGAGAGGGAGACACUCGACCUUCGUUCAUUUGCGAGAAGUAAUUUGAGCGCGCCUCGCCCUUUCUUUCCUCAAGUUUGAAAUGUCAGUUGUGCGGAAGUGUCUCGCAUCGGAAGGCUCCGAAGACCCGUUCCGAAAAUCACCAGAUUAACCAGCAAUCCCCUUCUAAUGCCGAACCGCGGCAAACUGCGCCGCCGUUUUCACAUUUGAGGGAAUAUCGGGCGUGCUAAACGGUGGGGACUGUGCAUUACCUGACAGCGCGCAAGCAGCGCGCGGUCGAGGCGGUUCAUUCGUCCCGUGGCGUCGUCGUGCUCCGAUACGUCAGUCCGUGUUUGCUCGGCCGUCAACGUAGACGACGGGCGAACGGCGAAAACACGUUUUGCAAGUGCCAUGUGAAAAUAAGAUCGGCUCUCUCGGUUCGCGGCGAAGAACUCACGUGGAUUUUUAACUGCGAUGCACCGGCGAUACCGCGCGGUGAUGGCGCUGAACAAAUAAUAACAGUGACGUGUGCAGAUGAUGGUUGCCGUAGGUUUCAAUUCUGACGGCGACGAGAAGUCUCGUUAACCAGAUUGGCAUAUCAUUACCAUUCGGUUAUGUUAAAUGUUUACCGGCCGAAAAUAAAUUGCAAGGCCAAGUCGCCAUUGUUUUGCGUUUAAAUUGCCUUCGAGCUCGAUCCGUCACGCGCAGAAAGCUUCUUUGGUGAAAGAUCUCUACCAGUUUCGUUAAGAUCACUUUCACGGCCGUACAUUUACAUGUUUUCGCGCAUAUUGAUUAACACACAUUCGCAAAAGUGUUUCCAUCUUCGCUUCCGGAAAACUUCACUCAAAGUCAAUCGACGUUAAACCUUCGCGAAGAAAAGUUCUCGACGGAAGGAUUUUACACGACAAUUGUACUUAAUUAAGUAGUCUUUUAAUGAAAAGAAAAUGUUAAUUAAAAAAAAAAUGAAACGAUUUGUUUCGGAUCUCGGUCAAUGACGUUUCGACCAGCUGAAGACCGUGUUGCUCUGCCUGUUGAGCACAAACAGGUACCAGAUAACCGAGUGUAAUAAGGUGUGCAAAUAAUUUAUUCCGCAUGAGACCGGUAGAAUAACGCUAGGAAUUUAUUGCGUGAAGGAUCAGAAGUCAAGAUGAUAACGGUGCCGGUAUCAACCUCCAGUCCCUAUAGGUCUUACAGCGACGGCAGUAAGGUCGUUAAAGAGCCCUUGAUGACGGAAGAUCAUCCUUCGCCGAAGUUGCAAAUUAGCAAAGGCUUCUUGAAAGACAUGAAGGAACAUUCGGCAGCCCAACGAAUGGAGAGGGAUAAGGACUUGCCACAGCGGUCGCAGAGCAGCGCGGCUAGCUUGAUGUCUAUAGGCGCCGAUAUAUCUCCGAGUUCUUCCCAAUUUUUUGAAGUAUUCUAUAUCGGCAAAAUCAAAGUAUCUCAUCCAAAAGUACCAGAAUCGUUUAUUGAUGACGCCUUGAUAAAGUUUCGUGUUCAUGGACUUGAAAAAUCGAGGUCUUCAACGAAUAAUCUUCUGUCAGAUUGCCAACGGCUGAAACGUCAAGCUUUGAUGUCUUCCAUUAAUAGAAGAAAUAGUACGGAAUCUACCGCGAGUGAAUCAGGCAGUAUCGAAAAUGUGUCGGGAAACGGUAUAAUUCCAAGCGUGAAUCCGCUUGGAAUACCGCCAGUUUUAAGCGGGUCCGUGGAGACUUUUCCAAGAACAAUCGCCAAUCCCGCAGAAAAUGAUAGUCAUGAUGGAAAUCGGAUUUCCGACUCUUCCGCUAAUUCUAAUAUCACUGUACCUGAAAUCAUGCGAAAUCGUGCCGCCUCUACUGGCAGUGUUUUAAGUGGCAGAAGAGAUUCUGCUGUCAAAGGAAACGAUGAUCACAAUCGCACUAUGGUUUUUCAGGUAGGACGAUUUGAUCUAAGAUUGAUUAGCCCUGAUAGAAAGCAGAUUCUUCUACACAAACAAUUAAAAGACGUAGCCAGUUGUGCGCAAGGUGUGAAAAAUCCCGAUCACUUUGGAUUUAUUUGCAAAGAAACGGAAUACUUCAUCGGGUAUGUCUUCAAAUGCCAAUCCGGAUCAGUCGCGGAUGACCUUGUUACAGCGAUUAGUCAAGCUUUUCUUACAACCUGUGAUAUCACAAGAAAGCAGAGGUAUCCUGUAUUUUCUUGCGAUCACUGUCCUAUGUACUGGUAUAAUAAAUUAUGCCAAGAAAUUGAAGGACAAAAUGAUAGAAAAGCGCAAAGUAUUAUUUUUUCUCGCAUGGAACAAUUACCAGAGGAUGAGCAGGAAAUUGUUGUGAACAAAUAUAAAGGCGCCGAAGCUGCAGGUAAUAUUGGUGCAAGCUCCUCGAGUUUACGAGAGCAAAAUCAAUUCUUAAUGCAACUAUUGCGUGCUCAUUGCGAGUUGAAACAAGCUAGGCAUGUACACGAUACGGCGGAGAAUAGGAGUGAAUUUCUCAAUCAAUAUCUUAGCGUUGGCGUUGGUAGCACGAUAUUUAUGAAAGCAAAACGCUCUCUUACGAAUAGUUUUGACACUCUUAUGAAGAGGAAAAGUUCGCGUGACGAUUUUGGCUUGGGUCCACAACUGAGAGAUACGAAUCAUCUAAUUACGGGAAUACAAAAGAAUGGUAGCCAGAGUCCAGAUAAUUCGCGACAAUCAUCUAUAUUGGACAUUUCACCAGACUCCAGUAGACCAAGAUCAUUGCGUGUUUCACCUGAACAGCAAAUAGUUGUAAAUAAUGGACCAAAGAGUUCCAUGAUGGACAUCUUUUUAAAAGUUGGUAAUUCACCGAAAACUUCCCCCACGGAAACUGAUGGAAAUAGCACGAUACAAACCAAUAGUUCGUGGCGGCAAACGAUAUUAAACAGAGUUGUGACACCAAAUAAGGAUCAUAAUGUUACAGAAAUUGAAAAAAUCAAUAUUCUCAAAAAUUCGGAAAUAUCCACUAAACGUAAAUCGAGACAAGAAUUACGAGAUUUGUGGAAAAAAGCAAUCAAUCAACAGUUAAUAUUGAUAAGAAUGGAAAAAGAAAACGCAAAACUUAGAGAACGUCAAGAGGAGGCAACAGUGAAAAGGAUCAAACUCGAAUAUGAUGAGCUUAGUAGCUGCGCGCGUGAAGUAAUAGAAGUUUGGGACCUUCUUGUUAGUAAGGAAUCCCGAGUCUCUACUAAAUGUGAUAAUCAAAUGCUUUUACACGCUAUUAAGCAAGGUGUACCGAAAGGAAAAAGGGGUGAAGUUUGGCAGUUUCUAGCCGAACAAUUUUGCUUAAAGCAACCACCUAUAGAUACACAAGAGUUUCCAAAUUAUAACACGCCCUAUGAACUUCUCUUGAAGCAACUCACAUCUCAGCAACAUGCUAUCCUUAUCGAUUUGGGAAGAACUUUCCCGAGCCAUCCAUAUUUUAGUUCGCCCUUGGGACCUGGUCAAUUAGCACUUUUCAAUUUAUUGAAGGCCUAUUCCUUACUAGAUCACGAAGUCGGUUAUUGUCAAGGCCUCAGUUUUGUCGCCGGAGUACUUCUGCUGCAUAUGGCGGAGGAUCAAGCCUUUUUCUUAUUACGGCAUCUGAUGUUUCGUCGAGGACUUAGAAAAUUAUAUUUACCAGAUAUGGCGGCAUUGCAAUUACACUUGUAUCAACUCUCUAGGUUGUUACACGAUCGCUUGCCAGCUAUCUAUAAUCAUUUCGACAAACAUGAAGUUUCACCUACUUUGUAUGCCGCUCCGUGGUUAUUGACACUGUUUUCAAGCCAAUUUCCUUUAGGUUUUGUAACUAGAGUUUUUGAUUUGCUGUUCCUGGAAAGCUCUGAAGUUCUUUUCCGUGUAUCAGUCGCAUUAUUAGAAGAACAUCAAGAUCAAUUGUUAUGUUGCGAUAGCUUUGAAGAAAUUAUGGAAUACCUCAAGACCCGUGUGCCAGCAAUAGACAAACAAAGCUUAGAUCGUAUAAUGAAACGGGUAUUUUAUCCUGAUUUAGAGAUUACAAAACAGUUAAAUGAAUACAGAGUGGAAUAUCAAGUGCUUCAAGAGGAAAUGAUAUCGGUAAAGCCACAAAUGGAGAAUUUGGAGAAGUUUAAAUUAAGAAACAAGCAGCUCACGCAAGAAGUUGCACAGCUUAGCGAGCAACUUGAGAUUACUAUGAGCAACUUGCACAGGUUCGAGACGGCGCGUCCAAUGCAACAAGCAACUAUCCAUAAACUUGAGUCUCAGAAUCGUAGUCUUGAAGUAACAGUAGCCACAUUAGGCGCAUUCAUUCAGCAAUUAGCGGAUACACGUGCUGAUAUCGAAAUUCCGGGUGAAGUUCGCAGAAUAAUCGCACAGCUGAGUAUGGUCGAGAAACGACGAAAUGCUAAUACAAAAUCAUAUCCUUUAAAAGUCAUCGAGGAUAACAAGCACGGAAUGAUAAAAAGUAAUUCGACUGGAAGAGAAUCUCAAAAUUUGUUAAGGAAUAAUAGCAUAGACACACCGUAUCCUUUGAAAUCGACUCUGAGCCAACCUAAUUUGGCAACGAAAUUAGAAAAGGUUUCUUCGUUCUUUUCAAAUUCGCACAAUCACAUACAGAAGCAACGCGCGCAGUUAGCAGCUCUCAGAAACGAGUUUUCAGAACAAGUGAUAAGAGGCAACAACGAUGAAAAUGAUCCUAAGACGGUCAACAUUGAUAUUCAAAUUACGGAUACUAUGAAUCUAGCGAACAAUCCGGUCCCACAGAACGAGAACAAUUUAAAAGUUCCAACUACCAAUUUGGAGAAGUCAAUAUCGUUACCAUUGAAACUCAAAUUGAAAUCGUCGAAGUCAGCAUAUGAAUUAGGUUCUAUAAAAAAGAUUCCGACUAGCAAACUCGAGGUUACAAGUAACGAUUCGUUAACAAAUUUGACAGGAACCAUACACCCACUUGAUACUUGUAGCGAUGUGAAUUUUCGAUUUAGCGGAACCACGAAAUUAAAAUCCAUCAAACCUGUAAAAUCUAGUCAGAGUCAAGAAGAUAAUAAUAACAAAGAAAAGCCCGACCAAAUCUCCGAUUCUUUCAACAGAUAACAAUUACUUUCAAAUGCAUCUUCAAAAAGCAUCUUACCGAAAAGAAUUUUCAUUAAAAAUAUAUAUUUAAAACGAUACUGGUGAUAAGUAAUUUAAAUUAAAGAUUGCAUCUUUAUAUUUGAUUACUCAUUACUAAAUUUUUUAACGGGCAUGUUUUAAAAACUAAUUUAUGUAAUUAUGAAAGGAGAGAAAUAAUUUUCGGUUCUUAUUCAUAUCUGAUGUUUAACACAUUAUAACUUGUAAGAAUAAAAUGUUCUGCUGCAAUAGUAUUGAACAUUACAUUUGAACAUUUCAACAACUACUAAAAUCCAUUGUUUCCAAAUAAACAUUUUAAAACAUGUAUAAAAAUGCAUUAAACAUUCAGAAAAUAAGGAAGAUAUCAAAAUAAGGUACUAAAGAGACAUACGCAAACAGUUUCAUAUUGCCAAAGGAAGUGCCAAACUUUCUCCGUAUUAGAAUAUAUUUUAUAGUAAGAUAAAAACGAUUUUGAUUACAUAAGUAAAAAUACGUAUAUAUGUUACAGGUAGAUACGUAUACUGCAUAUGUUCGCAUGACUAGAUGCAGUUGUGUCGUUGAAAAAUAUAUUAAUAAAAAUCAUUAAUGUAUAGGCCUGCUAUGCACCGUAAGAUUCAAAGAACUAAGUAUUACUAUUUUUGCACAAAACAAGCCUUGUGAUAUCAGGGAUAGUUGACACACACACACACACACACACACACACACACACACACACACACACACACACACACACACACACACACACACACGUAUGUAUGUAUGUAUAUAUAUGUACACAACUUGUAUACUUUCUGUUCUUUAUAGUAAAGUUUACCAUGGUUGAUAUACAGUUGCGACACAGUAGAAUUAGCUAUAUUUAACGUCCAUAUCAAACGUGUUGUAAAUUAGAGAAUAGCAAAUUACUCAAUCUCUAUAAAAAAAUGACAUUUUGACAGAUAUUAAUGUGAAAUAGAGAUAUUUGCAAAGAUAAAAUUAUAUUUUGUAGUGUAUUCGGGUCACUGUAAUAUUUUAUCAGCUAGUGAUUAUAUGUAACUCUAGUGACGUAUUAUUUGUAAUGAAAUAAUGCAAGUAUAUAAUUAUAUCUUAUAACGGAAAUAAAGAUAUUCUAUAUGUAAUUGUUUGUUAUCAAAUAGAUAUAUUAUAAUUAGAUCAUAUUUUGUAUUAUAUAAUAGUCUCAUAAACUAAGAAAUAUUUAAUAGAUUUCAUUAAUGUUUUGUUGGCUUGCUAAAUCUUAUUGUGAUGAUAGUUAAAAAUAUUUAAAUUAUUUACAAUAAAAAUAAAUUAAUAAUAA